AUGACUUCAAAGAGUGCAGCAGUCUAUCACUACCUUGACAUUGGCAGGCUCGGUAGAGGAGAAGUUGUCAAGCUCUUUAUGAAAGACGCCGGUAUUGAUUUCACGGAAGAUCGGUUUCCUUGGGAUAAGACUUGGCCACAGAAGAGCAAGGCGCUCCAGAACCAGGGUCUCACAAGAACGGGGAAAGUCCCUGUGCUCGAGUACCAGGGCUUGAUCCUAUCGCAGCACAUCCCGAUCUUGCGUUAUAUUUCUCGGGAUCUUGGCUCGUACGAUGGUGAAACCAAUCGAGAGAAAUAUGUAGUGGACUCUGUUGCAGAUAUCUACAUCGAUUGGAGAUCCCAAUGGGUAGCUAAUUUAGGCACCAAAACCGAUCAGUAUAAGGAUGAGGUUGUGCCAGAGUACUAUCGUGUCUUGGCACUGUACUACAGCGACAACAGCGGCCCGUACCUUCUCGGCGAUAAGAUUACUUAUGCUGAUUUCGCGGUUUACCAAUCCAUUGACAAUGACAGAAGAACUGGAACCCUUCCAACAUCCCUCCCAAAAUCUCUCAUCAACCUUCAAGAGGCUAUCGAGAAUCGACCCAAUAUUGCCGGGUACAUUAAAGAAAACAGCUAUUAG